UGAUGAUAAAUUUAAGGAAUCCUUAAUCAAAGACAGAUCAUUGUUUGAAUCUGGGGAAUCUACUUCUGGUAACCCCAACACGGCAACAGGCAUAAGGGAGUAUGAAAAACUGAAACGCAGAGAGAUUAGAUUAGAUUUACAUGCUUCAACAUUGGCAGAAUAUAUCAGAGCUAACAGAAUUCCUAGGGGAUUACGGAUUUUUAAACCCCCAGGAAUGUUUCAUGAUGAUGAAUCCUUUAAUCAAAAAUGGGUGGCAAUUCUCAAUAAGUGCUCGCAGGAUUUGAUGCUCUUACUUAUUGCACGCUCCAAUGAUGAAAUUGCCAAUGUAAGAACCCAAACUCAGGUUAUAUUGGAGAGACUCAACUCUGAGGACCAGUUUAAAACUGAUUUGGACACCCUCACAUGUAAACUUAAAGAAUUUUCCCAACAACUUAGAUCUUUCAAACUUAAAAAGUUUGAGCGGGAUGAAAAUGAUUACAACAAUAACAGAGUUUACCAGUGGCUAUACUCUAAACGCCAAUAUUCUAAAAAACAAGUAAGGUUUAGUGAAUAUACUUCUGAAGAAGACACAGAAUCCAUGUCAGACAGUUCAGGACGUAGCAUGGCCUCUACUGGGAGUGAUAACAUUCGGGUACCCAGACGUACGGGGCGUACUAGGAAUAGACCCAAUCGUUUUUUUCAAGAGGCUCCAAAUGCCAAACGGAAGACCUAGUCGUGAAUUUAUCUAGAAGAGUUCUAACCCCUCAAGAGAGGGAGGUUGUCAACAAAGGUCUAUCAUUUGUCCCUAAACCUAAGUAUAAUCCAUUUAGGAUGCGAAUAGAAUUAGCUAGGUUAUUUCGCACCAUUAGAUUAAGACAUCAUUUUGGAACCAAAAUAAACCCUACUACCUCCACUUUCAAACCACGGAGUAAUUUUUUUCCUACGACUGACCAUAUUGGCCUCAGAGUUUUUGAGAAGACAGUAUCUGAAGAAUUAUGUUGUACAAUUAUAAAGCAAAAAAGAUCAUACAGUACAAAUUUUUCCAGUAAGGAAUGGCACAUCCUUCACAAUUUAGCUAAUGACAAAGAUCUGGUUUGGAAGCCAGCUGAUAAAGGUGGAGCCAUAGUAUUAAUGAACCGCACUGAUUAUAUGGAUGAGAUCCAUAGACAAUUAUCUGUAAGAGAACAUUAUCUCAAUAUAGAACGGGACCCUACACACCAUAUCCAGUCAAUUAUAAGAACGGUGACAUUGGAAGGGCUGGCACUUGGAUAUAUAUCAGAGGAUGUAUAUAAAUUUCUACAUACACCAUGGCCCAGAAUCCCUGUACUAUAUACUCUACCCAAAAUACAUAAAAACAUUAGACCGGUACCUGGCCGUCCUAUUGUAUCCGGAUCGGGCUCAGUCUUAGAACCACUAGCUAAAUUUGUGGACCACUAUUUACAACCUUUUGUGAAACAGACUUCUUCCUAUGUUAGAGAUACAAAACAUUUUAUUAACAUUAUUGAAUCCUUGGUGAUCCCAACAGAUGCAGUCCUGAUGUCUGUAGAUGUAAUAUCACUGUAUACCAAUAUUCCGUUAGAGGAGGCACGAUAUAUAUGUGAAUCAACCUUGAACAGGAGGCCUAAUCACCACCCUCCCACCUUUUUUUUGUUGGAUCUUCUUGAUAUUAUUCUUGAAAAAAAUUACUUCAAGUUUGAUGAAAAAUACUAUUUCCAAAUACAAGGUGUAGCCAUGGGCAGUCCUGUCGCGCCAGCGAUAGCCAAUUUAUUCAUGGAUAAUUUGGAGAAUGAAACUAUCUUGAAUCACACAAAGAACCCUGUAGCGGACGGCAUUAUCAAAUAUUGUAGAUUUAUUGAUGAUAUCUUUAUCAUUGUUAAUUCACAUCAGGAGGCAGUAACGUUAUUAUCCUGGAUCAAUACAAUUCACCUCAAAAUUAAAUUUACAGGAAACAUCAGUUCUACAUCCUUGAUUUUUCUAGAUGUCGUGGUUACAAAGGAAAAUGAUCGAUUGAAAGUGAGUAACCACCGAAAAACCACUGAUAGAAACUCCUUGUUACAUUACAACAGUUACCAUCAUUGGGCAUUAAAAAAUAAUUUACCCUUUACACAGAUGCUCAGGAUUAAACGCAACUCCUCUACCCUACAGGACUUCAAUCGGGAAAUGGAAGAGACAAAAAGCAGGUUCAGAAAUCGAGGUUACCCAGAGUCCAUAAUACAAUCAGCCUACUCGAAGGUUGCCAGUAUUCCUAGAUCUAAACUCCUAGAGGACAAAAUUAGACCAGGAGUAGACAGAUUGAUAUGGCCACUCACACUUACAAGUUUGUCCAAUCUAGCCAUCAAAACUGUUAAAAAGUACUGGAACUUAAUAAGAGACAUCCCUGGAUGUGAUAGACCCCCUUUGGUAGCAUAUAAAAGAACAAGGAAUAUUGGGGAUAUAUUGGUACAUUCAAACAUAACCAAUAGGCCCCGGACUGUAAAAUCUAAUCUGGUGGGCAACUAUCGCUGCCAUCAUUGUUCAGUAUGCAGCCAAUUGAUAGAGACCAAAAUCUUGACACACCAACAUCUAUCAUUCGAAUUUAAAUUUCCCCAUUUUGCCACCUGUACAACCAAAGGGGUUAUUUACAUGAUAAUUUGUGAUUGUAAUUUAUCAUAUGUGGGGCAGACUCGUCGAGAAGUUAAGAGCAGAAUUAUAGAGCACAGGAGCAAAAUACGAAAUCAUGUCAGAGAAUCCAUACUGUACAAACAUUUCUGUGAUCUACAGCAUAGUCCUGAAUCAUUCAAAUACCACAUACUAGAAGUAGUAUCACAAUCCAAACAUAUGGACUUCAAUAAUAAACUUUUGCAAAGGGAAACAUAUUGGAUUUUCAGAUUACGGACAGAACAUCCACAGGGCUUAAAUGAACAAAAUUCAUACAGUUGUUAUAUAUAGAACCUUAGCAUACUAUAAAUCCCUAAUUGAAUACACCCAAUACAAUAAGGGUACUCAUAGCACCAUCUGGUGGUAUUUCUUCUAUAUCUUCAUAUAAACCUUUCUGUUUCUUUAACAUCUUCCCCUUUAAAUUGAGGCAACCCCUUGAUGCUUUUCAUACUCGCAAUUAGAACCUAACACACAGCAGAGUAUCCCGUGAGUAUAUACUGUUUUAGAAAUAUACAAUUUGUUUAAAAACAAAUUUUUGGAUGUUUGUAACUCUUUAAUGCUUAUGGCCACUCCUUGUUCCUUUGACCUAGAUUCCACUGUAAAAAACAGGUAUCUCUAAGGAGAACAAGUGUUAAAUUUGGAACUAUACCACCAGAGGAAGGCCUGAUGCAGGGCCGAAACCGGUCGUGGCGAACUUACUCUUCUCGGCAAUAGAAUAUACAACGCCGAUUGCACUUCAAUGUAUAUUGGACUAUCCAUUUGAGGCUGCUUGUUAUUACUGUGAAUUUAACGCCGACUGCAUUUCUAUGUAUAUGGGACAAUCCAUUUGAUGGUGUUCGAUAUUACUGUGAAUUUAAACAGUAUAUUAAUUUGCCAGAUA